AUGCUAUCUUCAUCCAACAGUAACGAGCCUCAUCAUCAGUUUCCUCGCAGAGUAAGCUUCGAUUUGAGCCACAAUACUGUUUAUCUUCUACCUACAUUGGAACAAUGUCGUGAUGCCGCCAAGCAAAGAAGUCGAGAAGAAUGGCAACGCAAAACACUCAAUGAAGACAUGUUGAGCGAAGAUAUCAUUGUGGAAAUCCAAGAAGAUUGUUCUGCUGGCUCUCGUGAUUCUGAAGAAGAAGGUGAAUCAGCUCAUCCUGAACCUGUUCCCACCAAAAGCUGUUUGAAAAAACCACCUGUUGUAACUGUCACCACCUCAACUCUGAAAAAGAAGACCAGCAAUAGUAAGAAGAACCAAAAGAAGAGAAAGAGAAACCAUGCUGCUACUGCUGCUCACAAGCAAAAUUUGCAAAGCGUUAUUUCUGUACAUUGA